AUGCGCGGCACACCGGCCACACUACGGCGGCGGCGACGGCAGCGACCGGCCGGCACACUGGUGUGCUGCGGUGCGCGCGUGUGUUUUAUACAGUGUCCGCCGACCGUCGGACGUCUUACACGCGUUCGCAUACGAUAUCUGCCGGGUGUGUUCCCCCCCGACGACGCGGGCGACGUACACAAUUAAUAACAAUAUUUUAUAUUAUUUUGUUGUUCCGUUUUUUUUUCCACGGACGGACCGCGAAUAGUUUUUAUUUUACCGAUCGUCAUUUUUUUUUAAAUAUUUAAAAAAUAUAUAUUAUAUUUAAAUAUAUUUCACAUUUUGUUUACCGGCGAAAGUUAUAUAAUAUAGUAGUAUUACCGCCAAUACUACUGCUACUACACACCACUACAUUACUACUACGACUACUACUACGACUACUACUACAACUACCGCCACUAUUUAUACUACUUCUAGUAAUAAUUUACUAAUAUUAAUAUUAUAAUACUGAUAUUAUAAUAACCGCGGCAAAAGUGUACCGAGGUAGUUUAUCGAACGCGACGAGCGUGUAAUAAUAGUAUAGUCGUACGACUAUAUUAUAUUAUAAGAUUGUCGUUGUAUUAGACGACCGCGACACCGGUGACUGGAAAAUAAAAAUCGUCGCAGGUGGCGGCAACGGCGGCAGCGGUGGCGACGACGACGACGGCGGCGGCAGCGGCGUCGGUGGCGAUGUCGCGAUCACUGUCCGCGACAGACGACCCGUUUACCACCCAGCAGCACAUUAGCUGGACGAUUAGCUGGUACACCGUAUGGUAGUGUACACGACACAACAACAACAACAACAACAACAACAAUAAUAAUAAUAAAAAAUAUUCAGCUAAAACACAGCGUCACACACGCACAAACGUCGAGCGUGCACCACCAGACGACAACGACGGCGACGACGACGACGACGAUUCAUUACGGUAAAGACAACCGCAUCUGCAUCCAGCAACUGCAACUGAAUCCGCGACUGCAGCGACAAUCGUCUGCAGCCUGGCCGCAUAGUUAUUAUGCCGGUGCAAUUACCGCCGUGGACGCUAUCGGCCGCCCGAUGAGUUGUUAUUGGCCGCCAGUCGCGUGUGUAACGACGUCGCCGCCGACCUGAGCGUUUGUGGGAAGUAUGUGGAAGACACGUAACCGAUACAAUUGGUCGUGGUCUAUACGUAUUGUCGUUGUUGUAGCCGCCGCAGCCGUAACGCUCGCGAUGUCCGCCGCCGAACCACGCGAAUCCGCCGUCUCCUCGUCCUCUUCCCUGCGUUCUACUUCCUCUUUGUCGUCACCACCGUCGUCGUCGUUAUCCUCCUCCUCGUCCUCCUCCUCGUCCUCAUCUUCGGCCGCCGCUACCAGUGCGGUAACCUUUGUCACGUCACAACUGGAAAGAGCACCGUUCGGCCGCGACGGCACCGAACAACAGACCAACACUCCGGGUACAUCAGGUGGCAGACGACAGCAUUGCCCAUGGUGCAAACGAGCGUCUGGCGCGCUCCCGUUGCCGCCGUCCUCGUCGUCCUCGUCUUCGUCGUCGUCAUCGUCUUCGUCGUCGGCAUCGUCAUCUUCGUCAUCGUCGGCGGCGGUGACUUCCGGUGUCAACCGGCACCACCAUCGGCGGAAGCACCGUCCACGAGGCCGGCGGCAUUACGACAGCGCCACCAGGUCCAGCCUGGACAAACAGCGGAUAGAGGCGAUCAAAGAACAGAUACUGUCCAAGCUGGGCAUGACCGCAAAACCGAACAUCACUAAAGCGCGGUCGACGAGGUUCCUGGUGGAAGCGCUGGCCGUCGAACCGCUGUCCGGACUGACAGCCGCCGACCCGGACGCCGCCGCCGCAGCCGGUAACACACUGCCACCGAGUACACGGUUACCGACCACCAGAGACGCCGAUUCGGAGCCCGACGAUUUUUACGGCCGCACCAGAGAGAUCAUCGGAUUUGCAGAACCAGGAUCUACGUUAAACGGACAAACGUUAUUAGAAUUCCCGUGGUCACAGGAUAUGGGAAGCACUGAUUCCGUAAAAGUCAAGUCUGCGAAGCUGUGGUUUAGGUUAGAAUACAGGCCGGACGUUCCCCCGGCCGCGCGUAGGACCCACCACAGUCACAAUGUAACUCUGUGGCUGUUCAAAAUAAACUUCCGCACGAACCCAAUGCGGAAUACCACGUUCCUAAGUGGUAAGGAAUUCGACGAGCACGCCACGCUGGCGUCUUCGCUGUCGUUGUCGCUGAACAACCUGGGCUGGAUAUCUGUGGACGUGACGAACACGGUGCGUGAGUGGUACGGGUCUAGCGGCAAACACAGGUUGCGGUUCCACAUCGACUGUUCCGGGUGCGGCGGCCUGGUGUCGCCGGUGCUGUUCCACGACACCAGGCAGGCCAACGAGUGGGAGAACCCGUUCCUGAUGGUGUACACGGACCCGACGGUGGCGAGGCGCGUGCGCCGCCGGGCGCUGGACUGCUCGCUGGCGGUGCGUGGCCAGUGCUGCAAGCAGCGGUUUUACAUCAAGUUCCAGGACAUCGGCUGGGACUCGUGGAUAAUCGCGCCCGGCGGCUACUACGCAAACUACUGUCGCGGCGACUGCGGCGGUGUGCACAGGACACCGGACACGUACCUCAACUUCUACACGCAGGCCAUCGAGGACUACCGGAAGGCCAAACACUCGUCUAUAUUCCAGCCGUGCUGCGCGCCCGUCAAGUUCUCGUCCAUGUCGCUCAUCUACUUCACCGACGACGGUAACAUCAUCAAGCGGGACCUGCCCAAAAUGGUCAUCGACGAGUGCGGUUGUCCUUAAUGACGACGAGCCGAGAGUGGACGAGUACGCGCGCACGCGUGCGAAAUCAUUAUUAUUAUUAUUAUUAUUAUUAUUAUUGACGAUAUAAUAAUAUUACGAUCAUAUUAUUAUUAUUUAUAUUUGAAUCGCGCACGCUGCACCGCGUAUACCGUAUACAUGUAUUAUUAUUAUUAUUAUUAUUAUUAUUUUUGUAUACUUGAAAAUUGAAAUGCGAUUACGUCGUAUAUUGUGACUCCGAAAUGCGACAUAUACGCGGGACGACGCACACGGCGUGUAUAAUAAUACGUCCCUCGUCGACGGCCUUUCUCUAUAAUUAUUCUUCCUUUUCUUCUUCUUCUGCUUCUUCUUCGUCUUUUCUUCGUCUUAUUCUUCUCAUACUUCUUUUUAUAUCACUAUCGUUUUAUUAUUUUUCUAUGCGUACUUUCCAACGCUUCCGACCAAAGUCACGAGUCACAGACCCACGCUUACACCCGCGAUUCAAAAUGAUACCUGUAUAAUGUUCCGAGUGGGUCCAUAAAAAAGGUAUAUCCUUCCCAAACUAAAAAUCAUUUAUGUAUUGCAUAGCUCAUGUUCGUCCCAUUUUACACGGAACGCGUUCACCCAGGGUGCACCCACGAGGAGGUGAACCAGAUUAUAUCCCAAUAAUUUGCUUAAAUGAUUUUUAUUUUUUACAAUCGUUAAAUAUUAUUUUCUCUAAUGUUGUCGAUUUAACAUUUAAAUAUUAUUUUUUAUUAAUAAUUGCACCACAAAUGUAUUUUUGGUUGAUUAUUAAAUGUCAUUAUCUUCACUGAAUCCAAAUCGUUUGUAAUUUGCAUUUUGGUGAAUUUUCUGACACUGUUCUCAAUCAAUGUAAUUUGUUUAGGUUUUGAUGAGAAGAUUGAAUGGACGAUAUCUAUAAAUUUGAAUUUUUUUUAUAUUUCUAAAAAUUAAUAUAGGUAAUCAUAAACCCGAGUGAGGUUAAUACAAAUGACGAAUCACAAAUAUUAACGUUACAGUUACGGACGCAGUCAGGCUCUCCCAAAAUUGUCUGCAGCGAAAUCAAAUCCUCGACUGUACGUAACUAUACAAUAUAUUAUAUUUUAUACUGCCGCGUAAAAAUAUAUAAUUAUAAUUUA